CCACACACACUCAUACAGAGAGGCAGCAUGCUGGAGAAGAGGAGUCGGAGAUAGCAUAACCGGAUAUUUUGUGAUGGGUGUUGCGUAGGUUGUUUUUAAAAUGUCUGCAGUGUAACUGCCCCUUUAUUAUAUCGUAUUUUACGCAUCAUAACUGAAUGAGGAAACCAAAACGCGCUUCCUGUAUUUUUGAUAUCAUCAUCCCAUCGCGUAGGGAAAUAAGAGAAAACGUCAAGCAUGGUGGCCGGUGAGCUCGUACAGGAGCUUCAUUCCGGCGCACCUGACGACAUCACCGUGAUGAAGAAGAUCCCGGAACCGAAGGGAGACACGGAGCGAUGCGCGGAACCUCCAUACGCAGCCGCGGCGGAGGAAGCAUCGGAGGGGGCGCAGGAGAAGGACGUGCCGCCGGUGGAGGAGAGAGAGGCGAUGCUUCCUAACGGAGGAAGAGGAGGCGAGGAGGAGGAGAAACACGGUGCGAGACUGGAAACCAAACUGUACCUGCGCCGGUUCGCCGUGCUCGCGGUGUUCAGCUUGUACUCCCUCUCGAACGCCUUCCAGUGGAUCCAGUACAGCAUCAUCACCAACGUGUUCAUGCAUUAUUACGGCGUGACCAGCGACAAAGUGGACUUGCUCUCCAUCGUCUACAUGGUGACCUACGUGCCCCUCAUCUUCCCGGCCACUUGGCUCCUGGACCGGAAGGGUCUUCGGCUCACGGCCCUGCUCGGCGCCGGACUCAACUGCGCAGGCGCGUGGAUGAAGUGCGCCAGCGUCAGUCAGGAUCGGUUCGGGGUCACCGUGAGCGCGCAGGUGGUCUGCUCCGUGGCGCAGGUGUUCAUCCUCGGUCUGCCGUCCAGGGUCGCCUCGGUGUGGUUCGGACCGAAGGAGGUGUCCACUGCCUGUGCCGUGGCCGUGCUGGGGAACCAGUUGGGAACAGCGAUCGGCUUCCUGCUUCCUCCAGUUUUAGUUCCCAACACCCCGGAUGAUCCUGAGCUGACGGGUCACAACAUCAGCAUCAUGUUCUACGGCACCGCUGCCUUCUCCACCACCCUCUUCUUCCUCACUGUUCUAGUGAUAAGGGACCGGCCUCCCCUGCCGCCCAGUCAUGCUCAGGCUGUCCUCCCAGACUCUCCAGGUGAAGAUUACUCCUACAAACAGUCCAUGGUCAACCUGAUGAAGAACAAAGCAUUCGUCCUCCUGCUGGUCAGCUACGGUAUAAUGACUGGCUCCUACUACUCUGUCUCAACACUUCUCAACCAGAUGAUCAUGGCCUGCUACAAGAACCAGGAGUUGAAUGCUGGGAGAAUUGGUUUGACUCUGGUUGUUGCUGGGAUGGUCGGCUCCGUCCUCUGCGGGCUUUGGCUGGACUACACCAAGACAUACAAGAUGACGACUCUGAUCGUGUACUUCCUGUCUUUUCUGGGCAUGAUCGUGUUCACCUUCACUCUGAACCUCGACAACAUCCUCCUGGUCUUCUUCACUGCUGGAGCUCUGGGGUUCUUCAUGACGGGGUACCUGCCGCUGGGCUUUGAGUUCGGAGUGGAGAUCACUUACCCCGAGUCUGAGGGGACGUCUUCGGGACUCCUCAACGCUUUCGCUCAGUUAUUUGGGAUCGUCUUCACUCUGAUUCAGGGCCAACUGACACACCGCAGUCCUCUGAUCGGAAACCUGUUCCUCUGCGCCUGGAUCUCUCUGGGAAUACUGCUCACUGCCUUUAUUAAGUCAGAUCUGAAAAGACACAGCGUCAACAUGGGAGCAGAAAACAACCGCCUGCAAGCUCUUCCUACCAAUUGUCCCGAGGACUGCUCUCCAGGAGAGAAAACCAACAGAGACAAACUUGAAACCUCGGUCAGCUUUUCCCGUGAAACCUCGCUGUGAUGCUGCUGAGUCACUGGAUCUCAGGAGGAGGAAGGUCUCCCUGCUGCUCGGGCACAUCUGUGGGCAUCAAACACAUGUGAAGGACCUAAAGGUGAACUUUAUUGACGCUGAUUGAUGAUUAGAAACCCUGGAUGUGGAGACCAAUAAGACGCUGAGGGUGAAUGCUGACUUCAGAGGAUUACUGCUGCUCUUCUUGUGUGAAGCAUGGUGCUCCUAGUUGGAUUACUGUAUGUGAAUCUGCCUUUUAAACAAGGACUGACUUCCAGUUCGUAGAUCGCCGUCACACGUUUGCUGUACACAGAAAACACUCCAACUUUUCGUUUGGAGGCAGUGAAGAAGAACUACAGAGUCGCUUGGUUUGGUUUUGCACAGAACCGACAUCUCCUGAGUUUACUUGAAUCAUCCUCUUACUGUAAAUGUUGUUCAUGGGGCUUCAUUUGAACGUUUUCCGUAAGUAUGGCAGUGGUAAUGUUAGCUGUGGAAGAAGGAGAACAACUCACAUUUGGUUCCAAGCUGCUUCGGGUAGAUGCCGUCAUUAUAAAACGCACUUUAGUGCUGCUUGCAUAUUCAAGACAAGAAGUAGCUGCGAAUGCUUGUGCCCGUUUUCUUUUAGUCGGCAGAAUAAUAUGCAAACUUUGUGCUAAAUUUAUGACAUUUAAGUACAGGGAGGUCCGAAAUCCUCCUUUAUUUGCAGCUUUUCUUGUUGGCACAUCGAUCUAUACGAGUUAAAGCGGUAAUCUUUCGGUUUUCAGUCCUGAUUGAUAAAGCAUACCCUAUUUACUGGGAGGAAACGCAAAUGUGGUCAAAUACUGCACAUCCCAGAAUAUUAGGAGCUACUAUAGCUAGCAAAACAAACAAUCUUUGCCCUGAGUCAGUCACUGGGGCUGCACCUGACUCUUCCAUUACUCCCUUAAAUAUAUUAACAGCUCUUCGGCUGAUCAAAAAGGCCUAAAAAGUCCACUAUUUGAAGACACAUUUGGAAUAAAAAGCAUCAAGGUCAGAGACAAAAAAAGGCAUUUCCUGUGACUACAUGAUAAGUAAAUGUAUGUUCGUCACAUUAUGCUUUUAAUGCGAAGCUGCAGCAGAAGGAAAUUAUAAUAAAUAGCAUUAUCUCCAGGAACAUUACCAUAUUCAGCCCGUUUGAAAACUGCUAAUAUAUAAAUAUUGCAAUACUUCACCGUUGUGGUAUCUCAUAUGGCGAUAGAUAUUGAAUUACCAUACAUUCAUCUAAUUGAAAAUCUAUGAUAGCCGCUUUAAAUUCUUUCUUUGUGACCAACUGGGCACGUUACAGCAGGAAAAGGCGAAUUCAGCGCGCGUUGAUUACUGCGAAAAAAUAGUACCAUUUGAAUAGUAAUUGAAUUUGUCUCUUCGAUUUCAGGAGUGCAUCUCUGAGCUUCCUAUAAGAGUCCAUUGUGUUGCUAUGAACGAUCCCGGACACCAAUAAGCGAAACACUGAGGAAGAUAUCAGAGAAAUAACUAUCUGCAGAUGAAAUGUAGUCACUGCGAUACACAAGCCACAACAGACCAAACAGUGUUCUGAGUUCAGUGCACAAUCAGGAACACACGCACAACUUUAGGUUUUAUACCCAGUGUUAUGAUUGAGAUGUGAUUUCAAUGUCUCUAUCACACUCUGUCCAGACAGCUCACAGACGAGAGGACAACGCCAUCUUGUGGUGUGUUACACUAACAAAGCAAGCAGAGGGAGAGGAGAAGCACAACAAACGAUACUCAUUUAUUUUUUAGAUGUAUGUUAGUUUUUUUUGUUACAUAGAAUAGAGCCUUUUCUUACUUGGUGAGAAUGAUGCUGAAUUUGCAGCAUUAUGUCCAAAAAUACUACUUUCUUUUUUAAAUAUGACUCAUCAAAGAAACUGUAUUGUUCGAUGGCUCGUGGCAAUGACAUGCUGUUUCAGGAAAUGGGUACAACACGUUUCUAAAUAGACGGAAAAUGUGUAUUUAUUGGUCAUGCUUCAACUUUUGUGUCCAAAAGCUCACAUCCUGUUUCACUGGAUGUGAUUACUAGAUAAGACACUUCUUGUUUUCUUAAAGCAAGGUUGUGAAAUCUUCCUCAAAGACAUUUUGUUGCUGCCCCGACAGCAAAGGAUAAAGCAAGCAAGUAAUUGUUUCUAACUUCCGACGAGGUAGUUUCAUUUGAUUUGAUUCAACCAGGGAGGUCUCAUUAAUGGCGCAUUUCCACUACAGGGCCUCGCUCGGUAUGGUUAGGCCUCGUUAGGCCAGGCUCACUUUAUGCUGCGUUUCCAUUACAGUUUAGUAGCUGGGGCAGUUACUAUAGUAACGCAGUGUAGGCGGAGCCGUGACGUCAUCUUCAAUGAGAACCACAGAAAACCAACACAGCCGUUAGCUGUUAGCACUCAGAGCUCACAGCUCCUCAUAUCUGUUCAGAAACUAGACAGAAGUUAAACAAGUACA